AUGAAGAACGUCGCUCUCUCGUUUGGCCUCCUCGUUGCACUGAUCUCGUCGGCUUCCGCCUUCACGAUCACCUUCAGAAACAACUGCUGGUUACAGCCCCGAACGGUGUUCCCCGACACCUCUGUUUCUUUCGGGACGACUUUGGCGCCAGGGGCAUCCGCUAGCUUUGGUGUCGACGAUCACCAACUCGGUAUUCGUGCUUGGGGACGUACAGGCUGCAACUCUAACGGCGCAAACUGUGCUACUGGUGGAUGCAACGGCGGCUUGGUAUGCACCGACGCUGGUAUUACCUCCGGUGUGAUCCUCUCAGAGUAUGGAUACGCAAACUUUGGAGCACAAUACGGCGGGGAGAGAACCUCCUGGGAUUUGAGUCGCGUCGAUUCGGCCAUCAACAUUAAUACGAGGUUGUCCAGCUCGGAUGGAACUACCGUGACGUGCACUACGAGUUCAUGCCCCGAUAAUCAGGCGUACUCCUACGCCACGGAUUAUGCUGCUGACCGUAACUCUGCUCUCGGUCAGACGUACACCCACACUUUCUGCCCUUAA